AGUCGCUUCCGGGUUAUUUACGUUUUUAUUACAGCGUUUUGUUCUAACGCUGGAGAGCAGAUAACUGUUGUUCUUGUACUGCGACUUUCAUAACAUUUUCACACAAGCCAGAAUACUAUGGAUUUGGGCGUGACGUUGCUCACAGGAAUUGCACUUUGCUUGCUUGUACAGUUUGUGUGCUUCUUAUUUGCGGACGCUGACUUGACCUUACUAUGGGCAACCUUGUUUGGGAGCAAGCCAGAGACCAAGUUGAAAGGACUGGUGGUGUGGGUCACAGGAGCCUCCAGUGGCAUAGGGGAGGAGCUGGCUUACCAACUAGCUGGAUGUGGGUCUCGUCUGAUUCUAUCUGCCCGCCGUGUGGAUCAGUUGGAUAGGGUGAAACUUCACUGUUUGGAGCACUUCAACUUGAAAGAUAAGGAUAUUCUUGUUCUUCCACUUGAUUUGCUGGAGAGAGCAUCCCAUGAGGCAAAAAUGAAAACUGCUAUAAAGCACUUUGGCAAUAUUGACAUCCUGGUUAACAAUGGUGGCCGCAGCCAGCGUUCUCUGUGCCUGGAGACCAAUGUGGAUGUGUACCAGGCGCUGAUGGAGCUCAACUUCCUGGGCACAGUGUCACUUACCAAGCAGGUGUUGCCCCACAUGACGCAGCGAGGGUCGGGCAGUGUAGUUACUGUAAGCAGUGUGGUCGGCCUGGCUGGGGCACCUCUGGCAACCGGAUACUCUGCCAGUAAACACGCUCUUCAGGGCUUCUUCAAUUCUCUUCGAACAGAGCUGACUGAAUACCCAAGGAUACUCAUCAGCACAGUAUGUCCAGGGCCUGUACAGUCACAGAUAGUCCAGAAUGCUUUCACAGAAGAAGUGGGAAAGGCCAUUCCCACUGCUGGGGACCAGCAACACAAGAUGGUCACUAGUCGUUGUGUGCGUCUCAUCCUGGUGGGUAUAGCCAAUGGCACCAAGGAGAUGUGGAUUGCCCAGCAGCCAUUUCUGCUGUUCUACUAUGUGUGGCAGUAUGCUCCCACCUGGGCCUGGUUCAUCACUGAUGUGCUGGGCAGGAAGAGGGUGCAGAACUUCAAGGCUGGCCUGGAUGCAGACUCUGCGUACUUCACAAAGCCAAAGCCCAAGUCUUCCUGAAAGACAUUCCAAAUGCUUGAGCUCCACCUUGAAAUGGGUGAACUUGAACCUGGAAGCAAUUGUCUCAUUUUUGUCUAUCCUAAAACAUUUUCCUUUCAGCUCUCUUCACAAAGCAGAAGAAUAGGGAUGAGGGUGGAAAUAGAGACAUUGAAGAUUUUUCUCUAGCCUAUGAAAUUAGGAUGUGUCCAGGCUGACUCAGUUGAUGGGGGAAAAAGUAUUUCAGAAUAAGGAGGAACAUUAAAUUGAUUGUCUGAUAGGUGGAGUAUAAUUAAUGCACUCCCCACAGAUCUGUGAUGAAUGUCUACAGCACUGACCAAUCUCCAGUAAACAAUAGCCUAUCAGGUUUCUUUGAAAACGUUAUAAGUGUAUAUACAAUUACACACCAGUAUGUACAAGAGAACAUUGGUUAGUCUUAAAAACAAGAACUGUAAACAAAAUUAUAGCAAAAUGAAGACCAACCGAAAGGCACAUCCUUGUAUUUAAAACGGAAUAAUCAUUUAAAAAUGCAACAUUUUUGUCCCAUUUUGCCUUUGGGAGCAUUACAUAACUGUAUUUGAGGGAAAACAAUUACUAAAUAAGUUUAUCAUGAAAUUGGCACUGUGUUGGCUGUCCACGAUUAAAUUUAAUUUACACAUGA